UGUGGCUAACAGUAUUCGUCCUCCUCUAUAAACUUCUAUAGUUUUCGUUAGCAAAAACUUUUAUGUAUAUUUUUUUUGUAAACUGAAUUUGUUACUGUAGAUAGUUUAUUUAUAUGUUACGCAAUUUGUAUAUUAAGCUUAAUAUACAUUUUUUUUUAUUUGAUUCAGUCCGAAAUUAGCAAUGUGCGAUAAAAUACAGUACGUUUCCGAUUUCAAAAAGAUUUGUAGGACAUGUUUGUCCCCAUUAGAAGCCAAACACUCGUUUUCCAUUUUCGAAGACUUUUUUGUGGCUAAACACUUGAGCGAAAUAACAAAUGUCGAAUUUGUACAGAACCCAGCAUUCUCUACAAGUAUAUGUUUUAAAUGUUACCUGCAGCUUAAAACGGCAAUAAACUUCAAAGACCAGGCGCAAAAGGUCGAAUCGCAAUUGCAAAGAAUUGCAAUGUUAUUAAAGGUCUCCAGCUCCAGCCAUGUUCCCGACGUUGAAGUUGUAGAACAGGUUGAUAGUGAAAAUUUGGAUAGAAAUGAUGAAGAGAUAGACACAACAUUGACCAGCAGAGAACCUUUAGAAUCUUUACAAUAUCAAAAUGACAAUGAAAUUAUUUUAGAAAAACCAUCUAAUGAAAAGGACAUGGGUAAAAUAAAAAUCUUAGAAGAUAUAAAAUACUACAAUGAAAGUGAAGUUGUUUUAGAACAACCAUCUGAUCAUGAGUAUCAUGUUAAAAAGGAUUCCUUCGAAUAUAACAGUGUUAAUGAAAUUGUUCUAGAAAAUGCAUCUAAUCAAGAUGAGUAUGAUGUUAAUGUAAAAAUGGAAAUUGACAUUGGGAAAACAAAGUUCCAUCAAGAAAUCAUUGAAGAGAAAACUACAACAGGGCCAAUAAAGACAAAUGUAUGUCCAUUAUGUGGCAAAAACUUUAAGUUGAAAAGUAGCUUAAACAGACACAAAGACACAUGCAAGACAGUUGAUAAAUCGAAAGGGAAAAGGGGCCUUAGCAAAUCGUUAGCUUGUUCUUAUUGUAAGCAGUUAUUUGUUUACGAGGGGUCUUUAUUAAGACAUGAAAGAAUCAUGCAUUAAGGAAAGAAAAAUAGACACUUGGGAACAUGAUUCCAUGAAACAUGUUUCCGACAUGGACAUGAAAAAAAAAA